AUGGGUUUCCUUCAUCAAAAACGUCUCAAGUCCUUCAACGGGAUCAAGGGGUACGCUCGCAUAAUAGAACAGAAUGGAAAGAGAGAUGCAAAAAAGGAAUUACUUGGGUUUACACGGAGAUCACUUCUAGAGCCAUGUGUGAACUUGAAAAUUUGUGAUGAGAAACAUUUAUACAUGUUUUGGCUCAAAACAUUGGGUGAGAUCGUACACCACAGGGACAAACCAGCAAUGCGUGUUGUAUAUCAAGGAGCUUCAGUUCAUCAGCGUCUGUUAGUUUCAAGCGAAGUUGCAAGGAGGUACGAACCUGGAAAUCAGGCGAAAGGGGAUGUCCUGCAUGUGCUUUUUUGUUGCUUUGAUCCUAUUCUUACAAUUGUUGCUGGACUUAGUGUCAGGGAUCCUUUUCUUUUGACUCAAGAGAAGAAAGACGUGAGUAAUCCAGCUACUUUCACACAAGGGCAUUUUGGUCUUUUCCUGAUAUCUUUUGUAUGUCUAUUUCACCAUGCUAGUACAGCAAUAUCAAGAUUUUCUGCAAAGGAUUAUAGUGAUCAUAUGGCACUAGUGGAUGCAUAUGAAGGAUGGAAAGAAGCUGAAAGAGAAGGAUAUGCUUAUGAAUAUUGCUGGAGGAAUUUUCUUUCUGCUCAAACACUUCAAGCUAUGCAUUCUAUAAGGCAUCAGUUUAUCCAUAUUUUGAAAGAUGCUCAAUUACUUGAGACUAAAUUAGGGAUUAACACUUCAAGCUAUACAUUCUUUAAGGAAUCACACCGUAUCCGGUGUAUCAGUAGGGUAUGGAAUCAUGUGUCAUGUGAGGGCUCUCUGUACACAUGGGAAUUGUCUUCAGGUGCUAAGCUUGUUUAUCUCACGCAUUAUAGAGGAUCCAUAGUGUCCUGUUUGAUGGCGGAUGAUUCGGGCUCUUCUGGUGUAUUUUGUAGUGGUUGUGGGUUUGAUUGGCCAGCAUCACCAUCAACUGAAUCCAUGGUUAGAUCUCUUGAAGUUUUAUAUUCACUUGGAGUUCUUGAUGAUGAUCCUAAACUCACUUCACCUGUUGGUUUCCAAGUUGCUGAGCUUCCAUUGGAUCCUAUGGUGUCAAAAAUGAUUAUAGCAUCAGACAAACUUGAAUGUUUAGAAGAAAUCAUCACUAUUGCAACUAUACUCUCAGUUCAGAGGGAGCUGGAUGAGGCCAAAUUGCGAUUUGUUGCAUCAGAGGGGAUUUCUUUAGUCUAA